AUGACAGAAAGAGCAGAUCAUAUUUUCGAUGUAAUAAUUAUCGGCGGUGGUUUAUCAGGACUGUCAGCGGCUAAUUAUUUGACAACGAAUAAUUACAAUAAUUAUCUUGUGCUGGAAGCCAGAGAUCGUGUUGGCGGUCGAACUUGUACCAUUAACGUUAAUGGUCAUUAUGUCGAUGUGGGCGGUGCUUAUGUAGGUCCAACUCAAAAUCGCAUUUUACGUUUAGCAAGAGAAUUUAAUAUAAAAACAAAAAAAGUUUAUUGUGAUGGUAAAAAUAUUUUAACAUUUUCAAAUAAUAAACGAUAUGAAUAUUCUGGUACAGUGCCGAACAAUCUUUCACCAUUUACUUUACUGGAUGUCAAUUAUUUACUAUGUCAAACACAGAAACUAAGUGAAACUAUUACAUCGACCGAACCAUGGUCAAAUACACAAAUGCACAAAUAUGAUCAUAUGUCAGUUCAAGAAUGGAUAAAUAGUUUAUCAGAAACGGAACAAGGUAAAGAAAUGUAUGCAUCAGUCAUUCGUGGGAUAGUCUGUGUUGAACCGAAUGAAUUAUCGAUGCUAGCAUGGUUGAACUAUGUAAACUCGGGUCAAGGUGUAAUGAGAUUAUGUCAGGCAGAAAAUGGAGCACAAGAGAGGAAAUUCAUUAAUGGUUCUCAACAAAUAUCAAAUAAAUUACGUGAGAAGUUAGGUGAAAAUAAAAUAAAAUUAGAUUGUCCAAUUGAAAAAAUUCAAUGGGAUAAAUCAGAUAAAUUGAUAAUAAUCGAAUGUAAGAAUAAAAUGAUAUUUCAAUGUAAACAUGUUCUGCUUGCUAUCGCACCGUCGUUGUAUAAAACAAUAGAUUUUCAACCUCCACUACCAGAAAAAAAGCAAUUAGCAACAAAUCAAAUGUAUAUGGGCUCUAUAAUCAAAACGAUAACAUUCUAUUCCAAACCAUUUUGGAAAGAAAAUGGUUAUUCUGGUAUUUUACUUGAUACAUCGACUAAACAACCAGUUGUUUAUUCGUAUGAUGAUUCAUUUGAGAAUAAUAUACACGCUAUUAUGGGUUUUGUAGUAGCCAAAUCUGGUCGAUUCUAUCAAAAACAAACAAAAGAUGAGCGAAAAUUAGCGAUAUGUGAGCAAUAUUCAAAUGCAUUCAAUUCGAAAGAAGCGCUGAAACCCAUUAACUAUAUUGAACAAGAUUGGAAUGAAGAAAUUUAUUCAGGAGGAUGCUAUACGGACAUAAUGCCAGUAGAUUUAUUAACAACAAUUAAGCAAGAACUAAGAACCCCGGUAGCUAAACAAGUAUACUUUGCUGGUACAGAAUUAGCGACACAAUGGUCUGGUUAUAUGGAUGGAGCUGUACAAAGUGGAGAAAAGGCAGCAUUCGAUAUUAUUAAAGAUUGUUUAAAUCCAAAUACACUACUACUAUGGAAUGACACUGAACAACUGCAUGAGAAUGAAGAAUGUCGAUCAUUACCAACAAUUGGUCCAUCAACAAUAGAACGACAUCUUCCAAAACCAUCAACGGUUAAAUACAUAAUGAAGGCUGUUUUCGUUACUAUCGCAGUCGCAAUCGCCUAUCGCGUAUUUUAA